GAUAACUAAAAAGUCAUUCCCAGGCGUUUGCUCCAGUCGACAACUUCGUGUGAAGAUGGCGACUAGCGACGAUGAACCUAUGGCGCUUUAUGAAGUUUUUCAAAACUGUUUUAACAAAAUAGCCAACAAAAAUCCUGAGAAGCCAGUGUUUAAUCCGGCGUCCUAUGGCAACAUGGACAAUGGAAUGUCGUACCCUGGCAACUACCCUGGCGGUGCAGGUGGCGCCCAGGGCGAGGGUUUCAGUCCCGAGUCGUCACCCUACUUCAAUUUCCCCAACCCAUCGACGAGAAGACCUGGUGCGCCUGCUGGUGUCGCCAAACGGAAAAAAGAAAGCUUGGAUCCAGCCGACGGUGGAGGAGAAAUCAACACACAGCCACAUUGGGUAUGUACAACCAACAACCACUACCGACAAUCCCGCUUGAGCUCUCAUUCGAAUUCCAACUUUGCGUACGGAUCAGACGAAUUCGGCCAAGACUCACCUCGAUACACAUCACCCAAAACAUCUGCAGGCCUAUAUGGCGAACCAUACUUCAUCGAUGGAUCUGGAACCCCGGGCCCUGCCGACCCCUGGGGGGCCGGCCCCGCCUCCGCGGGCCCCUACGGCGCCUACGGCUCGCCGGCGGGACCCAUGGGCCCCACGGGCCCUGCACCUCCACACCUCACACAAGCCGUCGGAUACCCGCCCUCGAUGCACCUCUCACACGACCCUAUGGGCUAUGGGACCAUGUCACCUAGCCAGCAGCAACAAGAUUCCUCCACCCUGAUCAACACCAGCCUGCCUCCAAUGUCGAGUUUGCGGCCCUCCGGCUCUUCGGCCCCGCCGGCGGCUGCCACCCCCACGGGGGCGGCCGUUCCCACCCCCAGCCCCUUUGCCGGAGCAGCGGGCGGCAGCCCAGUUGCCCCGCCGCCUCCUCAAACUCCUGGAGAAACUCUCAGCAAGGCACUCGCUUCCAUCUACCCCACAGAUCAAAGUGCCAGCAGCUACAGCUCGAACCCUUCCACCCCAGUUAGCUCACCACCCCCGUUGACAGCUUCCGCCAACGGACCCUGGCCACCCUCGCAAGGACCCACGCCGUCGUCGCCUCACUUCCUCCCCGACCGCUCCAACAUGGCCAUGGCUCAGACAGAGCAACGUAGGUUUGACGAUGCCCUUGGAAUCCUCAGGCACCAUGCCCACGCCGAGAACGGACUUUUGCAGGGGGCGCGCAUGGAGGAGCGCCUGGACGACGCGCUCAACGUUUUGCGCAACCACGCCGAGAGCCAGGCCAUGGCCGCGGCGGCCGCCGGCGGCCCCUCGUCGCUGCACGCCGUGCUGGCGGCGGCCGCCGCCGCCGCCUCCGGGGGCGGCCCUCACCAGACAGCAGCACAUUCCAACGGUCUCGGCCUCGCCGGCUACCACAUGGAGCACCUGCCCAGUCCGCACCCCGGCACCCCCGGCUCGGCGCCACCCUCGGCCACGCCCACCGCCGGCCUCAACCCCGUGGGCGCCAGCUACGCACCCCUGCCCUCGGACACGGACGGCUCCAUCAAAAUCGAAAGGCUCAGUACUAGUAAGCCAAAAAAACGGAAGCAAGAACCGCCACCAGACAGCACAGACUCCAAGCCGAGCAGUAGUGACCAUGGACUUAAUAUCUUGCCAGGCCCGAACUCCACUGGCUCCACGGCCGGCGGAGGAAAAGGAUCAAAACGCUCUCGCAGUGUCAACAGCUGUUCGAGCGGUGAUGAGGACGAGGACCCUACCACAAAAGCUCAACGAGAGAAGGAAAGGCGACAGGCAAACAACGCCAGAGAAAGGGUUCGUGUCAAAGACAUAAAUGAGGCAUUCAAGGAAUUGGGCCGAAUGUGCAUGGCGCAUUUGAAAAACGACAAAGUCGAAACCAAACUCACGGUCCUGCACCAGGCAGUGGAGAUAAUUACCCAGUUGGAGCAGCGCGUCAGAGAGCGCAACCUGAACCCCAAAGCUGCCUGCCUAAAGCGGAGAGAGGAGGAAAAGGCCGACGACGGACCCAAAAUGUCUGGCCACCACUUAGGCCACCCACCCCACAUGGCGCCGCCCUUUGGUGCUAUGCCUGCUGAAAUUCUAGAAAAUUUCCAACAAAUGAUGGAGUCUGAAGUCAUGAGUGACAGUGGCAGAUAGACAAACGUGUAUAAUUUGGGGCCGCAGCCACACACAUCUGGCCCACCACAGUAGCAGAGGAUGACACCAUACCUGUUGCAGUAGAAGCGGUGUGAAUUCAAAAGUGACACAAAGUGACCUCAGUGACUAAAGAAGUAUGAAAAACCUCCUCCUCCUCCCAGCAUAUAUUAAGAGUUUCACGUUUAAGAGACUUACUAGACACGAUGAGAUGUGGCAGUGAGAGUAAAAGUGGACAAUAUAUUAGAAAAAAUGCGGAAGAGCGCGUCUGCAGAAUCGUGGAACAAUAACUAUAUAAAAUGCCAUUUUCACACAAACCCGUUUAGUUUGUAAAAAUAUAUUAUCAUCUUGUGUUUCGCUUCUAAUUUUUUUUUUGUAACAAAAAGAAAAAGAAACGGAUACAAUAUUUAAAAUAUAAAAAUUGCUUUGUCCGAGUGACUCUGCCACCCAACUGGUCUCAUGGAAGAUAGAAAGAAUUUUUUUGUUUCUUGGUUUGAAAAGCUCAUGUCAAGGGCAGGUGCAAAGAUAGAUUUUCUCCACCCUGAACGCAAAUCUUACCCACAUUUUGUUGCAGCUGGUGCAAUUAUUUCAAAGUGUUUUUUUUUU